AUGCGAACUGGUCAUGAUUUUAUUUCUCGUAUGACAAAUUUCGAAGAAGAUAGUUAUGGUGUAACUGUACCAUUAAUAACAAAUGAAAGUGGUGAAAAAUUAGGUAAAAGUGUUGGAAAUGCAUUAUGGCUUGAUGAAAAUCUUUCUACACCAUAUGAAUGUUAUCAACAUUUUCGAAAUACAUCUGAUUCAAAAGUAGAAGAAUAUUUAAAAAUAUUUACUUUUCUUUCAUUAAAUGAAAUUCAACAACUUAUGGAAAUACAUCGAACAAAACCUCAUGAAUAUGCUGCUCAAAUUAAAUUAGCUAAACAAAUAACAUUAUUAGUUCAUGGAGAAAAAGGACUUGAAUCAGCUAUACGUAGUACUCAAGCAAUGUUUGCACAAAAUAUUGAUUUACUUCAUAAUUUAACAGAAAAAGAAAUCGAUGGUUUAUCUGUUAGUGUACCAACGAUUCAAAUGCCACUUAAUCCAGAACUUACAUUACUCGAUGUAUGUAUGUCUGCUAAAUGUUUUUCAAAUCAAUUAGUUGCACAUAAAGUCAUUAAUGAUGGUGGUGUUUAUGUUAAUCAUAAAAAAUUAUCAAAUCCUCAUGCUGUACUCGUUUUUGGUAUUCAUAUAUUACCAAAUAAGAUUACUGUAUUACGUGUUGGAAAGAAAAACUACUACAUGAUUCGAUGGACACAUAUGGAUAUGUCAUUACGUCAAGAAGUUUAG